CAAAAUUUAAUUUCCACAGUUCACCUAAUAGCUUCACAUUUUCCAAGUUGUGGUCUUCUUCUUCUUCUUCUUGCUGUUUUAAAACUUCUUGUGAUUUGAGAUUCCAGUCGACUAAUUGUGAUUAGUAUAUUCUAAUUCACCAUUAACAUUAAAUUUAAACUUGAAAUGAGCAACACAGCAUCCUUAAUUGUUUACCAGUUCAGUCACAGACGAUUCUCCAAUUCAUUGAGAUCAUUUUUCUUCAUACCCACUUGCUUAGCUCUCUUCACUACUCUGUUUAUUGUUGUUUACAUCUCCACUACUUCUAAUAUUUUCUACUAUCAUUACCCCACUUCCGCUCCUACUCUCUCUCUAAAUCUUAACUUUUCAAACAGUGAAGAAAAGAUUAAUGAAGUUCCAGUUUUUGAUGAUUUUACAAACCCUUUUGUAAAUUUGCCCAGAAUUAGUCGCCGCUCUUCUGUAACUCAGUUGGGUUCUGAUGGAACCUAUGAGAAUAAUGAGGUGUUCCAUGAUAGAGGUAUGUUUCUGGACGACUAUAAAGAAAUGAAUAGGAGCUUUAAGAUAUAUGUUUAUCCUCACAGGCGAAAUGAUCCAUUUGCAAAUGUGCUCUUGCCGGUGAACUUUGAGCCUGGUGGCAAUUACGCUAGCGAAAGUUACUUCAAGAAGGUUCUUAUGAAAAGUCACUUCAUCACCAAGGAUCCAACAAAAGCAGAUCUUUUCUUUCUGCCUUUCUCCAUUGCAAGACUGAGGCAUGACCCUAGAGUUGGAGUAGGAGGUAUCCAAGAUUUUAUCAGAUCUUAUAUCUUUAAUAUAAGUCAGAAAUACCCCUACUGGAAUAGGACUGGUGGAACAGACCAUUUUUAUGUUGCUUGUCAUUCCAUUGGACGGACAGCUAUGGACAAAGCACAGGAGGUGAAACUCAACGCAAUUCAAGUUGUUUGCUCUUCAAGCUAUUACCUUUCUGGGUACAUUCCUCACAAGGAUGCAUCUCUCCCACAAAUUUGGCCUAGACAUGGAGACCCUCCUAAUCUUGCUUCAUCAGAGAGGAAGAAGCUUGCAUUCUUUGCGGGAUCUAUGAACUCCCCUGUUCGCGAGAGACUUCUUCAAGUUUGGAGAGAUGACUCUGAAAUUUAUGUUAAUUAUGGCCGGCUCAAAACACCUUAUGCUGACGAGCUUUUGGGAAGCAAGUUUUGCCUCCAUGUCAAAGGAUUUGAAGUAAACACAGCUCGCAUUGCAGACUCGCUAUAUUACGGAUGCGUUCCAAUCAUCAUCGCCAACCAUUACGAUCUUCCAUUUACAGACAUUUUAAACUGGGAGAAUUUUUCGGUAGUUGUUGCUACUUUAGACAUUCCGCUGCUUAAGAAGACUCUUCAAGGAAUAAGUUCUGAUGAAUAUCAGAUAUUACAAAGCAACGUAUUGAAGGUGCGAAAGCAUUUCCAGUGGCGUUUUCCUCCUGUUGAUUAUGAUGCCUUCUACAUGGUUAUGUAUGAGCUGUGGCUUCGACGAGGUUCUGCAAGGAUUCUCUCGAGUGUUCAUGCGGUUGCUAAUCAAUAACCACAUGUUUUUUUCUUCAAGUAUCAGGAAUCAAUGGUGCCAGCCCGGCAUAUGUACUAGUAGAGCUUACAAACAGAAAUGAAUUAAAGAACAAACUUCACAUUUACACGAGCAACUUCAAUGAGAAAGAGACCUGCAAAAUCUUGUUAUGUACAGUUUGGCUUUUUAACUUUUAAGGUCCUUUCUAAUUUUCAAAAAUAGGUCUCCUUCAAAACACUAUUCGAUCUUGUGAAGGUUUGAACUCAAAAUCUCUGUAAAUUUUUAUAAAACUAGACCAGUUCCAAUCA